AUGGGGGGGCGGAGUAACGGCGGUUUGCGGGUACUGCAUGGCGUUUGGUUGUGGAGUUUGCUCCUUGCUGUUCUGCAGGGCUGUCUCUCAGGUGCAUUGAAUUUCAAUCCUGAUGCAGCUGACUUCAUUCCAGGAGAAAGACAAACUUCAGAUAUAAACUGGGUAAAUAGAGAGAGAGUGGACUCUAAUCAGAAUAGAAGUGAUUUACAAUUUCCCAGUCAGUCUUCUGACAGAAAUACAGAUUAUAAAAGCUCUUCCAAAAAGCAGCCUGGCUUUUGUAAUCCAGAAAGCCAAUAUGGGAAUUGUCAAGACUUUCACCAAUUUUUUGGUAACAGUAAAAGUUCAAAGAAUCGCAACUUUCAAAGCCAGCGAUGGCCCAGGUCCAGAAAUGAUAGCACUUGUCCUAGAAAUAAGGUGAGGCAAACUGCUACUGAUGCUGCUGCAGGUCCAGGAAGUUCGGAUAACUCAGUGGUGCCUGGAAGAAGAGCAGCUCCUAGAGGAUAUAAUGACUUUCUCUCCUCAGAGAGCGACAGAGAACUAUCUAAUGCGGACAGCAGAGGAGCAAAGCCGAAGAAAACACACCUGAUGCAUGCAUCUGGAAGAGGGUUCAAGGAGAAAGGAAAGCAACUACACGAGCGGGAAAAGAGGGUGAACCCUAAACAGAAAGUUGAGCUGUUGGAAAAUGUGCCGUCUGUGGAUUUAACCCAGUCUGACUCUUCAGAAUCGUCUUUUGGAAAAGCCUUCUGCGAGGCGCUUGUCGGUAGCGGGGACGAGCAGAAAAGCUACAACUAUGUUAACAGGAGGUACCCUCGGAAGCCUGUGUGGAAUAAGCCACCGGCAGAAAGAGACUAUCAGAAAAGGCAUGAUUCUCACCGCAGUAAAAAUACAAAAGUAGGUAAGAAGUCUUCUCUUGCGUAUCCUUCAAAAGAUAAAAACGAGAGGAAAAAGGAACUCACUGUUCACAAAAGCGAUGAAACCUCAACCAGUGAAAUCAGGCAUCAGUUGUCUGACUCCGUCAGAUGUAACGGAAGAAAGUUCCUGCUAAAGGAGGAUCAGGCACCUGCCCUUCAUUUCAGCUGGACCCAGUACUGGAAAAAGCAGAGUGAUGUACCAAAAAACAAAGAAACUCACACAGGGUCCCUGAUUGAACAGCUGACCACAGAGAAGUAUGAGUGCAUGGUGUGUUGUGAGGUGGUGCGAAUCGUGGCACCAGUGUGGAGUUGCCAGAACUGCUACCACGUAUUCCACCUGAACUGCAUCAAGAAGUGGGCAAGAUCACCAGCUUCCCAGGCUGAAGAUGGUAAUAGUGGUUGGAGAUGUCCAGCUUGUCAGAACGCUUCUACGCAAGUUCCUACAACUUACACUUGUUUCUGUGGUAAGGUAAACAAUCCUGAAUGGAAUAGAAAUGAAAUUCCUCAUAGCUGUGGAGAACUCUGUGGAAAGAGGAGACAGUGUUUGGACUGUCCACAUCUUUGUAACAUCCUCUGCCAUCCAGGACCUUGCCCUUCGUGCCCGGCCUUUGUGACCAAAACCUGUGAAUGCGGGCGAACGAGUCACUCAGUUCGCUGCGGCCAGUCAACAGCAAUUCGUUGCUCUAAUGUCUGUGGAAAUACUUUAAAUUGUGGUAAGCACAGCUGUGCCCAAGUGUGCCAUGCAGGGAAAUGUUCCCCUUGCCAACUAGUAGUCCAGCAAGUGUGUUACUGUGGGAGCAACUUUAAAGAUGUAUUAUGUGGGACAAAGGAAGAAUUCUCGGAUGGAUUUGGGAAUUUCUCAUGUCAGAAGAUAUGUGGCAAGAAAUUAAACUGUGGGAGACACAACUGCACACAAGUGUGUCAUCCCCAGCCCUGCCAGCUCUGUCCACGGCUUCCCCAGGUAGUGUAUCGCUGUCCCUGUGGCCAGACUCCUCUCAGCAAGUUACUGGAACUGGGCUGUAUUGAACGGAAGUUAUGCACAGAUCCCAUCCCGUCGUGUGGAAAAACGUGCGGCAAACCCCUCUCUUGUGGGAGCUAUGAGUUUAUUCAUAGAUGUGAAAGCCUUUGCCAUGAGGGAGAUUGUAGACCAUGUUCUCGCACAUCAAAUAUUUAUUGUCGAUGUGGCUUCAAAAAAAAGGAAGUCCCAUGUACGCUCCUGAGAAAUAAAGCUGCUAUUACAUUCAUGUGUGACAAACGAUGCAACAAGAAAAGGUCAUGUGGGCGACACAAAUGUAAUGAAAUUUGCUGUGUGGACACAGAGCAUAAAUGUUCUUUGGUUUGCGGGCGCAAACUCAACUGUGGGCUUCAUAGGUGUGAAGAACCCUGCCAUCGAGGCAGCUGCCAAACGUGCUGGCAGACAAGUUUUGACGAGUUAACUUGUUACUGUGGCGAAUCAGUGAUUUACCCCCCAGUCCCCUGUGGCACCCAGCCCCCGGAAUGUAAAAGAACGUGCACCAGGCCACAUGAGUGUGAUCAUCCAGUGUACCAUUCGUGUCAUAGCGAGGAGAAAUGUCCACCAUGUACCUAUCUCACCCAGAAAUGGUGUAUGGGCAAACAUGAACUGCGGAGUAAUAUUCCCUGUCAUCUCACUGAUAUUUCCUGCGGACUUCGCUGCAAUCAAAUGUUAAAAUGUGGAAUGCACAAAUGUAAAAGAAUCUGUCAUAAAGGAGAAUGUCUUAUAGAUGAAGAGUGUAAACAGCCAUGUACUAUUCCAAGGCUAUAUUGCAGUCAUCCCUGUAUGGCUCCAUGUCAUCCUUCUUCACCCUGUCCAACAACUUCCUGCUCUGCUAAGGUCGAUCUCCAUUGUGAAUGUGGAAGACGGAAAGAGAGCAUGAUUUGCUCGGAAGCAUCGAACACAUAUCAAAGAAUAGCUGCUAUAUCUAUUGCCACCAAGUUAACAGAUCUGCAACUUGGAGAUUCCGUGGAAAUCAGUAGGCUUAUUACAAAAAAAGAAAUGAAGCAAGCCAGGCUGCAAUGUGAUGAGGAGUGCUUAGCUCUUCAGAGGAACAGGCGUCUUGCCGAGGCUCUUCAGAUAGAUGAUAAUUCUGACCCUUUCAAUGUUCGCUCUUCUGGACCCAAGUACAGCGACCUUCUGAAAGAAGAUGCCAGGAAAGACCUAAAAUUUGUCAGUGAUAUUGAGAAGGAAAUGAGAAUGCUUGUGGAGGCUGUGAAUAAGGGCAAGCAUACAAAGAAGAGCCACUGUUACCCGCCGAUGAACAGAGACCAUCGCCGAAUCAUCCACGAGUUAGCUCAGGUUUACGGCAUUGAAAGCGUGAGCUACGACAACGAACCCAAGCGUAACGUGGUUAUCACUGCCGUGAAGGGGAAGUCUGUCUGUCCAAGCAAUACCUUAACUUCUGUUCUAGAUAAAGAAAUGCAGAGCAGACCUCCGCCUCCUAUUCCCCACUACAAGCAAACAGAUAAGAGUGUUGGAAACAAUGGUUUAGCAAAAUCAUUGAAAGAAGAGCCAGUAAUUGACUACUUUGAUGUCCAGGACUGAAGUCGUUCAUGGAGAAUUAAGAUACAGAAGCUUCAAGGAGAUGAAGACGCUAAAUUAUUGUGCAAGACUUUGUGUCCGUUAGAUGAUUAGUCAUCAUUACAUUACAAGAUUUAACAUGCAUCUAAAGUUAGCUUAUUGUAUGCUAGAAAGUUAUGCAGUUUUACAGUUUACAUAACUGCGUAACACCUAACAGUAUGGAAGCUUUUUACAGCUGGGGUUGGUGCAAUUUUUUCACCUAACGUGCUGUCAGAAUGAUGUAAAUCUCCACUGCUGCCUUCUAAGCAAGAGAGCUGGUGAUCAAAAAGAUUCCUUUGGGGAGUAGGACCAGCGCUAACUCUCAAGGACAGACUUGGACAGGUCGCACACAGUUUGAAAUGGAGCACUAGGCCGGGAAUACCUACGCCUAAAAUGCUGGGGCAGAAAUCCUAAAGGUGUUCCCCUCUUUUAUUCACUUCCAUGUUAAAACAGUAGUUUGGGGGACUCCUGCGGAAGGAAAUACAAACUCUCUUUCAAUGUCUAAAUACUAAUGUUGACUCUAAAAUAACUAGGUAAUGCCGGGUAGGAGCUCAAACUGCUGUUGGUAUCUGAAGGACCAGGAUUUGGGGAAAAUGGGGACUUCUUUUGCUUUAACUCAAAUUUGACAUUUAAUUUAAAAAAAAAAUGCAAGUUCUUUCUUAAUUAAGACCUUAAUUAAGACGAUAUCAGACUUCAUGUAUUAUUUUGGUGUUAUAUUCACUUUAAUUUGUAUUUAGAAUUGUUAGCUUUCUGAUUUAUUUUGCAUGCUUUUGUUGGGGGUUUAUAGAUUUUUCUGUAUUGUGCAAGCUUACGCUUGUGAAGUUUGGUUUAAGUAUGAUUUUUGAGUUUAGAACAACAUCUGUAAAAUGUAGAAGAACCUCUGUCUAAAGUCUUUGCCUCUGGAAGAUCUUUGUUGCACGGGGAAAUGCCACAAGCCAUGGGCCAACACUUGAAACAGCAUCACAGUUACCAAGGCACUCUUAGAGAUGGUGAGCUGUUGCAAGUUGCUUCACUCAGGUGGGUGGGAAGCUCCUUGGGAAAGGACAUGGAUAAACUGGCACAGCUGUGACCGAGUGAUGCCUCUUUGGUUGAGGUGGUGGGUCUUUGAGUUAAUGACUUGGUUAGUUAUCGCCCUGUUUCGCUGCUGCUUGUUUCUUACGGCCAUAGCUGCCACUAGCAGUGAUCCCCCUGUGCGGCACCGAGGGCUGCUGAGCAGGGCUUAGCACCUCGAAGAAACAGCUGCAGCAGAAGAUUAACCCUCUGUUGUGGAUUUAGCUUUCAGCCACCUCACUCGGCUGCAGCGUGAGGACGGAGUCCAGGGAAAGUGCAAGUCAGUGGUCCAUGCUUAGACUCACUCAAGUUACCGUGAAGCUCUGAGCCUAAACUCAGGCUUUGAUUACAUUUCAUCCUAAGUGACUUGCGAAGCAUGUAAGGGAUGAGCAGCAAACUCCCGACAACAUCUGCCCACCCUCUACCCCUCCAAAAAAAAAAGUUUUCUAAAUGAAACUGCAUGCUGUUAUUUUCAUUUUUGCACAUGCUUAUUAGUUCAGGUAAGUUCAGCUUUAUACCCCUCUAAAUGUUUGAAAUGCACAUCCUUCACUCAGAACA